AUGACGCACACCGCCGCCCCCGCACGCGCACGCUUAAAGGCGCGUUCUCACGACCGCAUUACACGCGAUGCUACACCCCGGCCGCCGGCCAGCGGCACCACCCCGCACAUCCCAGCGCACGAUUCCGCCGCGCCGACGAGCACGAAGGGCCAGCGGCCACCGCACCCCGCGGCCACCCAGACGUCACGAACCGACAGUGCCUCCACCGAAGCACCGGGUCGCCCGCCGCCCGCAACCAAGGCGAUGCGCCACGCGACCCGUCCAGGUGACGGGGACGGGCACGCGGCACACGGCGACCGCAGGCCACCCGACCGCGACACGCACGACAACGCCAGGGCACCACGCAAACGAGUCCCGAAAAACACCGCGGCGACAAUCCCACCGAGCGAAGGUCCGCGCACCGAACGUCCAUCCGCCACGAAGACGAUCCAUAAUGGCGGCGGAGCUGAUCGCUCCGACACCACCGCGCACCACCACGCCACCAAGAAAUAG